CUGGAAGCAUGGCCAGCCAACGCGGGAAAAGAUGAUUCGGAAUUCGGGACGAGGGAGGUACGAGUGCGGCGCGUGAGAGAGCUACAAACACCUGUGUUGCCCGUUCCUGGAUUUAUGCUCCUCGCAAACAUCUUGUUAUUUGAGACACUCGCUCGGAAACUUGCUUGUUCGUCCAAAAUGGUCGCUACUCAGUUUAUUGUCACCGCUCUCCUUGCUGCCGCUAGCGCCACCGGCCUGGUUACGCGUGAAGACGCAUACUUCGCCGCUCUUUUGAAGCGUCAGGAGCCUGGUACUCCUGGAUACAACUGCCACGAUAACUGCACUGUUUUUGUUACCGACUACAACAACUGCCUCAAGUGCUCUGGAUCGGACAACUACAAUAUCUGGCGCUACUAUGGCAGCACUUUGAGAAGCGCCGGUGGGAAGUGCGGCCUCGAUACUGAGCCGCUGGCUGGGAAGCAGGAUGAUGUUCCUGAAGCUGGCAGCACCGGUGCUACAUCCUCCGCUGCCUCUGCGCAGACUUCUGCUGCUGCUGAGAUAUCAGCAGCUGCACACCUAUCUGCGACGUCGUCGGCACCUGCUCCCUCAUCUGCUGCUUCAGCAAGCAGCCAAGUCGUAGCCACCACCGAGGCGACAUCAAAUAAGGCUCCUGUCUCUUCUUCUGCAACCACUCCUACGUCGCUUACUACUGUCUUUAAUCCUGCGCCCUUCUACUCCACUGUGAUUGUAAACGGAACGCUGAGCUUUGCGUUAGGUGUGCCCUUGUCCAGCACCAAUGCUAGCGUCAGCCUUACUGCAUCUGCACCUGCUGAGGUCACCACCAAUGACGCCCCUAGGCUUUAUGCCGUGGAUGCUGCUGGCGUGUUCGGAGCGAUCUUUGUCGGAGCGAUUUUCGGCAUGUAAGGUUUGUGAUUUCUGAGCUCGGGGACGCUGCAGAGAAACAAAACGACAGGACACAUGAUUACUCUUUGUUGCAGUGGAGUGAACAGUGCGCAUAUGCAGAAAGAAUGGAAGGAUUGAAAGGAG